UCCAUUUCUGCUUCCCAUCGCCACACUUCAGCUCAGACUCAGAGUCACCCAGCGUUCGGCUAGCUACUGAGCUCGAGCGUAUUCGGAUCGUGCACAGCCGCCUGUCGCGCUCAGGUCGUUCUUUGGUGCUCUCGAUCGUCGCCUCGGUCACCGGCCGCUUCGAGAUUCCGGCCAUCUUCGCCGCAUUAUAUAUCUCUCGCUCGCUCCGACGACGAGGAUGUCGAGCAGGAGGUCCCGCGCGUCGGUCUCGGAGGAGGAGAUCAACGAGCUCAUCUCGAGGCUCCAGACGCUGCUCCCCAGCGCGCGCCGCCGUGGCGGCAGCCAGGCGUCGACGACGAAGCUGCUCAAGGAGACGUGCAGCUACAUCAAGAGCCUGCACCGGGAGGUGGACGACCUGAGCGACCGCCUGUCCGACCUCAUGGCCACCAUGGACCACAACAGCCCAGGCGCCGAGAUCAUCCGCAGCCUCCUCCGCUAGCGAUCGAUCGAUCGAGCUGACGGCCACGGCCGGCGGCCAUGGCGAUGGAUCCAUCGCCAUCUCGCCAUGGACGACGGCCUCGGCCUAGCUUAGCGCUAGCUCUCAGCGGAGCUGAUUAAUUAAGGACGACGAGAUCUGGUUUAAUUGAUAGUAGGAGUUUGAGUACUUUGGUAGGGCAUUAGCCAUUAGCUAGGGCCGCCUAAGUAUGGUUCUUUAUACUUUCUCCCUUCCAUUUCGCCGCUCUUUGUUGCUUGUUUUUGCUAGUAGCAGCCUCUCCUCCAUUUGUUUGUACUCUUCGGCUCUUCACUUCCAUCUUUCUCUUCUUCUUCCUCUUCUUGUUCCUCCUCGUGUAGCCUAUCUGUGGUCCGGAUCGAGUUGUUUCCCCUGCACAGACAACCGACCGACCGCGAGCUACCGGCCGAUCGAUCAACAUGUACUAGUGGUAAUCUCUAUUUAUAUAUCUAUAUAUAUUGUUGUCUUGUCUCA